AAAACAUAACCAACAAUUCUCAGAUGAUUUUGUUUAUUUGAAUUUUAUAUUUUUGAAUUUUAAUUUUUAAAUUAUUACUUUAAUGAGGGGUGGACGAAGAAAGAGAAAUGAUGAUGAUGAUGAAAAUGGUUUUGCCCAAUGGGGUGGUUACAUGGAAGCCAAAAAGGCUAAGCUUAUGGAACAGUACAGAGAACAGACUGUUAAAAGUGCUGAGAAGGUGUCUGAUGUUCUCAAGGGUAUUGCAAUCUUUGUCAAUGGUUACACUAAGCCGAGUUCUGAGGAGCUGAAAAUUUUGAUGGCUGAACACGGAGGAGUCUUCCACACUUAUCAAGUGGCCUCAACCACUCAUAUUAUUGCCAGUAUGUUACCAAAUGUUAAAAUUUCUAAAUUAGGUAAUGUUCCAAUAGUAAAACCAGGUUGGAUUGUGGAUAGCAUUACUUUGGGAAGGGUUCUGGAUUACAGCAACUAUUUGCUGUACAGUAAUCAGAGCAGGACUCAGCCAAAAUUGAAACAUUACAUGAAAAGUGCAGACGUACAAUCUAAAAACAUAACAAAAUCAAGACCCAUCUCUCCAGAUCUAUUUGAAUCCAAUGAAUUUGAUGAAGAGGUUGAGUUUAAGCUUUCUGAAAGCACUGAAGAUGAAAUGAAAAUAUCAAAAAUUAUUGAUUCUAAAAGAGUAUUAGAAAAUAAUGGUAUAAAUGCAUUAACUAAAACAGCUUAUGAAGGUAAAAUAUCAAUUGAUGAAUCAAAAUCUAAAAGCGUUUUAGAGAAUAAUAGUAUAAAUGCAUCAACUAAAACAGCUUCGGAUCCGAGUUUUCUUGCCGAGUUUUACAAUAAUUCGAGGUUGCAUUUAAUAGCCACGCUCGGAGCGGAAUUUAAGCAACUGGUGAAUGAUAUGCGCGAGAAGAAUACAGGAAAAUAUCCCGGUUUGGAAGCAAUUACUAAAAGGGAAGUCAAUAAUAAAUCUGUUGGAUCGAUCGUGAUGCACAUCGAUAUGGACUGUUUCUUCGUUUCGGUUGGAUUGAGAUCGAGACCGGAACUUAGAGGUUUACCAGUUGCAGUUACACAUUCCAAAGGUGGUCCUUCUAGGUCGAAUGUGGAUCGUCGGAGGGAAAUUGAGAUGUACGUGGAGCGUUUACCAGAAGGAGCCGAUUGUCGACUGGAAGCUAUUGAUAACAAUAGUAGCUUAUCAGAGAUUGCUAGUUGUAGCUACGAAGCGCGGAAGUGUGGAGUUAAGAAUGGGAUGUUUAUGGGAGCUGCAUUGAAGCUGUGCCCUAAUUUAAAAGCUAUACCUUACGAUUUUGAAGGUUACAAGCAGGUGUCUUCUAUUUUGUAUAAGACUAUAUCGGAAUAUACUCUUGAUAUCGAAGCUGUGAGCUGCGAUGAGAUGUACGUGGAUAUUGGUAAUAUCCUGCAGAAGACUUCUUUUACCGUGCAGGAAUGGGCCGGGCAUAUUAGGAGCGUCAUCAAGGCUAGGACUGGGUGUCCUUGUUCUACAGGCUUCGGAGCUAAUAGAUUGCAAGCACGUUUAGCCACGAAGAGAGCAAAACCUGAUGGUCAAUACUACCUAAAACCUGAAUUAGUGGAGGAUUACAUGUCGGAAAUGCCUUUAUCUGAAUUGCCUGGAGUCGGUAGAGCGACGUUGAUUAAACUUAAGAAUUUGGGUUUUGAAACUUGCAAAGAUAUCCAAGAAAGUUCUUUAACGGUUUUGCAGAAGGAAUUUGGGUCUAAAUCAGGUGAGAGUAUUUGGGACCAAUCGCAUGGUGUCGACAAAAAGGCUUUGUGCUAUGAACAUGAGAGAAAGAGUGUUUCGGCUGAGGUGAAUUACGGAAUUCGCUUCAAAAACGAAGAAGAAGCUUUGACUUUCCUACAAAGACUUUCCGUGGAAGUGAAGAAUCGAUUGCUGGAAACCGGAAUGAAAGCUAGAGGAGUUACUUUGAAGCUCAUGGUUCGGGCGGAAAAUGCACCAACUGAAACUGCGAAGUAUUUGGGACACGGAGUGUGCGAUAGCUUAACAAGAAGUGUGAUGCUUCCAACUGCCACCGAAGAUUCCCAAGUGAUUUACCGGGAAAUCAAAGGAAUUUAUGAAAAACUCAAGCAACCUUACCAAGAUUUAAGAGGUGUGGGAAUUCAGUUAACUCGGUUAGAGAAGGCGGUCGUAAUGAAUAGCUUCAUGAAGAGUUUCCUAAGUAAACCUUCAACAAAAGUUGAGACUAAAAAAGAUGUGAGCUUCCAGCAGAAAUCGAUUAUCAAAGAAAAGACUUUUAAAGAAGAUACUACUAUAAAUGAAGAAAAUAAAGAGAAUACGAUAGAAGUGAAACCACCGAUGAGAGCAAGUGGAAGAGGUCGUCCAAGAGGUUCAAAAAACGGUACAAAAUUAGUAAGAAAAUCAUCCAAUGAAUUGAGCAAUUACUUCAAAAGCACUCAAAAAGAUAGACCUAAAGUUAAACAAAGCAAAUGCGAUAUAGAUUUGAAUGUUUUGAACGAACUGCCGGAGGAUAUCAGGAAGGAAAUUAUCAAAGAAUACAAUUUGGAUAAAGGUGAGGAAACUAAGGUUGCGUCAACAAACAUCGAGGAAACGGUUUUAAACGAGUUGCCUGAUGAUAUUAGGAAAGAAGUUAUGCAAGAGUACAAAUUGGAAACGAAAACGUUGAAAGCAAAACCGGAAACGAGAAUACCAGAGAUUAAAAUUGAUGAACCCAAGCCGGAAAAGCGGAAGAAAGACACGGGUUUCGCGUCUUUGAAUUACGAUAAUUUUAAAACUAUGCUUCGAAAUUGGUUCAAGCAUGAAUCUGAACCGAAACUGGUGGAUGUUAAUAUGUUGGGUGAAUAUUUGAAAGAGUUGGUCUCGAGUAGGAAAAUCGAGCAGUUGCAUACGAUUCUGAAAUUCUUUCACAGAAAUAUUAGUAAUUUACAUUGCAAUUGGCAUGAGGCCUAUCUCACAAUCUUGAAAACAGUUCAGGAAGGGAUGAUUCCUAUUUACGGUCAUCCUCUUCAUAUACCCAAAACCUUCGAAUGCGUCAAACACAGCUGUGAUUAAAUAUUUUGUUAAACCUAUUAUAUUAUGAAACAAUUCUAAUAAAUAUUUUUACAAUUUUC